CAGCCCCAUUCCAGGAAAGCAGAAGUUGGGGGUUCCAGGAACGUGCCCCCAGAUCAGCCAUAAAAGCUCUGAGCACCGGGGCCGGAUCAGCUCGGACGCAGGGAGCGACCGAGGGAGCAGCCUGAGCCCCGACACCCACUGACCGCCAGAGACACGUCGGAGCUGACUGGCAGGAUGCGCGCAGGGUCCUGGCUCCCUCCUCGCCUGCUCGGCUGCCUGCUCCUCGCUGCCUGCCUGGGAGGGUGCCUGGGUGCCCCGCCGGCCCCCGCCCCUGCGCAGGGGGGAGUCGCAGCCUCCUGCCCCCAGAACUGGCGCCUCUUCAGGGGCUAUUGCUAUGGGUUCUUCCAGGAGAAGCUGACGUGGGAUGAGGCUGAGGCUGAGUGUGAGCGCUACGGGCCCAAGGGGCACUUGGCCUCCAUCCACAACCAAGGCACCAGCCGUGUCCUGGCCUCGUACCUGGGGAGCCAGAGCCACGCCACAGGCCACGUCUGGAUCGGGCUCCAUGACGAGGAGCACUCCCGGCAGUGGAAGUGGUCGGAUGACUCAGCCUACAACUUCAAAAACUGGGACGUGGGACAACCCAACAACAUGUGGGACGAGGAGGACUGUGUGGUGCUGUACUACCACUCAGGUUUCAGGCUGUGGCACGACUACCCCUGUGACAGGAAGUUCUCCUUCCUGUGCCAGAACCAGCUCUGAGGAGCUGCGCCCUCGGAACGGGGGACCCUGCGAAGCUCUCCUGCCUGCA